UCAUGACGCAGAGCGAGACAAGUGAGCGCCGUUUCAGCGUGUUCAGGGUGAUGUUCUACCUGACAGGCAACCCGAUACUGACAGCCGCGACGUCCAGAGCGUACGUCAUGUACUCGUUCGCCGUCGUGACGUGUGUCAGCAUCACGUCCGUCACCAUGGCCCUCGAGCCACUGAUGAACCUCUCGGACUUGGAGCACUGCAUGCAGAGCGCGCGCGUCGUUGUACCGAUGCUCAUCUGCAUCUGGAUACACGUCCUGAGGUUCAAGAAGCGACAGUUGGCCAGACUGUUGGCCCUCACGGAGUCCUGCUCAUGGUCCGGUCUGCCCACUCGGGACCCCUCCAGGGGCACCCUCACCAUGGCGGGCCGCAUCCCGCUCAUCCAGCGUCUCACCUGGCAGAGCUGCGUGCUCAUCAUGGCCAGCCACACCGUGCACCAGAUACACCGCCUCAUCACGACGAAGGACCGACCUCUCGUUUUCAACGCCUGGUUCCCUUUCGACACGAGGGAGAGUCCCGUGUUCGAACUCAUCUACAUCUCGCAGGCUCGACAACGCUUUGCUGCAUGUAUCAUUGUUGGUAGCGGUAGUCUUGGUAAGAGCUUCCUGGAAGCAAUCCGGAACUAA